AUGGCAUUCAAGAGGCAAGUGAAAAACUUCGUGAAAAAUUACUCAGACGCUGAAAUAAAAGUCAGGGAAGCAACUUCUAAUGAUCCUUGGGGUCCUUCUAGUUCUCUGAUGUUAGCUAUCAGUGACCUGACUUUCAACACAAUUUCCCUCUCGGAGAUUAUGAAUAUGCUAUGGCAGAGACUAAAUGACCACGGGAAGAACUGGCGCCACGUGUAUAAAUCCCUUAUGCUGCUGGAUUAUCUCAUCAAGAAUGGAUCAAAGGAAGUUAUUCAGUUUUGCAUAGAGGGGUUCUAUAACCUUAAAAUGCUAAAAGAUUUUCAACACAUAGAUGAAGCUGGAAAAGACCAAGGUUAUUACAUCAGAGAGAAGUCUAAGCAAGUCGUCUCGUUGCUGAUGGACGAGCAGCUGCUGCAAAAAGAGAGGGAGACAGCCUGUCGGACCAGGCGGCGCAGCUCCUACCCUGUGGCGUUGUCUGAAAGAUUGCCUGGUGCAGGUCACCCGCCAACAGCCUGGGCUUCCGACCCCUCACCAGAAGUGCCUGCUUCGGAGAAGAAGUGUAAGCUUCUUAAGGUGUCCAGGCUACGUAAAAAAAAGAACACCCCCAAGGCCGAGUCGAAACAAGAGCGGUGGCGAGGCCCUCAGUCGCCCGGUGAGACGGUGUCGUCCCAGGGAGCGCUGCCGCUCAAGUGCGCGGCUUGGAAAUCGGCCGAGGACCUGAUGUUAUUUUAUGAGGACGAUCCAAAGCCGCCUUUGCUGACAGUCCCUCCAGCCACUGCGUCGUCAACAACGUGGCUGUCAGAAGGGCAAGCAGAAGUGUGUAACCUCUGGGACACGGAUGCUGUACUUACUCCCUCAGGAAAAAACCCGUCUCUGCAGACAAAUGUGAGUUUAGACAAGAAAUCAGACAGUACCGUUGCAAAGACUGCAACAGAAAACCCCUUGCAAACGCCUCCAGAAAAGUGUUCAGCUGCCAAAAGUUUUGAAGCCUUGACAACUUUGCCAGCAUGUUGGUCAUCGAGUAAAGAAGAGUCUAUCAGCCCACAUUUAAGACUAUCCAAGUCAGAUUCUACUUUCUAUAACCAGGCCUCCGUAGAGACACUCUAUGUCUCUCCCGCAUUCAAACUGUUUGACCCAGUGAAGGAGACUGUCAUCAGUAAGGACUCCCAGGAGCCAGCACCGCCCAGCAUCGCUCAGACGGAUGAGGAACACCUCAAGACCUUAAUGACAUGGGUUUCAACCACCUCUGAGGUGACAUCGUCCUUCUCCACCUUGUCCAUGUUGUCUCCUGACUCGGCCACCCCGGAAAAGUCCACUCCGCUCCUGCCCCCGACUCUGGCCGGACCGUCCUUCUGGACUGUGUCCCACCCACGGGGUUCUCCAGCCUCCAGUGCAGACAGAGAGAAGGCAGCCGGGGUCCCUCGCCCCUUUGUUCCUGGGGGCCCUGUGUCUUCCGAUGAAGAAACGGACAACUUCAGUCCCCCCGACGUUCUUCCAGAUCACUCUGAGUCAGCUAAAAAAAAUCUCAGUCCUCUUUGCAGCGGUAAUUGGGUAGAGUUCUCUGCCCAAAACGUAGGCCACUUCUCCUGCCCCAGUGUUCAGACGAGUGAAGGCCGGCCUGGGGAGCCUGAGGCAAACAGUUCCAUUCCCGUCCUUCUAGGGGAGGUAAAGAAUGCCAUAGUCACACUGCACAAGGACCUGAGUCUGGUGAUACAGGAGCUCGGGGUCAUCAAUAGCCACCUGGUAAGCAUGGGUGGGAACAGCCUGCAAACGAGCACGGCUUUGCAGUGUCCCCCGUCUUCCGAGGGGAGCUCGGAGCACAUCUAA